GCUCUCACUAAUCAAUGUCAAACAAAUGUCUGUCAAGUGAAUGCGUAGUCUUUCCGAUAAAUAAUUGUGUUAUUUGUAAUUUAAACCAAAUUAAAAUGUUGUUUGGUAGCAUUUAUGUGUUUAUAAAAUAAUUCGUGGUUCUGCCGGCUGAAACAAUCAUGAUGUUGCGAAUCCUAUUUAUAUUGAUUGUUACAAUCGUCAAAGUAACGCACAGUUUUUCGGACAUUGGAAAAUGGGAUUUGCCGCUGAAUGGGGAUAAUUGUGUGUUUACCUUAGCUAAAUCACUUUUUAAGGAUUCGCAAGUCAUUGUUAUGUUAAAAUGUGACGUAACGAACGAUACAGAAGUAACAAUUAACUAUCAAUGGGCAAAGACGAUAUGCUCUCCUGACUACUUACAUUAUUUUGAACAGCAAGUAGUCUCAUGCACAAAUAGAGUGGAGAGAUCCGUUAGCGAAGUUAAUGGUACAACCCCAAUACACGUAUUGAGGGAAGAGAAAAAGAAGUACAUAUGCCGGGACAACCACAUCAUAUUUAUUGAGAAAACUAUACCCGAAGUAAAGACGGAUGGGGUGCCGACUGUGUCGAAAUCAGCACAUCACAACCUUUUGACUGUUGAGAAUGAAGGCAUUUACGUCCUGAAAAUGUCACUGUCUUCCAACAAGCAAUUCAGAGCGACUGCCAGUGUGGAAAUGGCGGCGCCUUCUGGUUACCUCUCUGCUGCUAUCUGGCCGCUUUUACCGUUCUUCGGUAUAAUGUGUGGUGUGUAUACCCUGCUAUGCACUGGUUGGUUGCUUGUCUGCUGGUUACAAUGGAGGGACCUCCUCCGCAUACAGUACUGGAUAGGAGGCGUUGCCCUCCUUGGCAUGGUUGAGAGUGCCACGUAUUAUGGCGUUUAUUCUUCCAUUAAUAGUUCAGGUUAUUUCAACGCCGAAGUGUAUAUGUUCGCCGAGUGGAUAUCCGUCGCUAAGCGGGCUUUAGCGAGGAUGCUAGUCAUUAUUGUUUCUCUAGGAUUCGGAAUCGUCAAGCCGCGGCUGGGCCCGGCCCUGCAGCGCGUGGUGGGCACGGGCGUGCUGUGGGGCGUGCUGGGCGGCAUCAACGCGUGGCUGCGCCUGCACCACAAGGCCAACGACUCCAACCGCGACCUGCUGCUGUCCGAGGUGCCGCUGUCGCUGCUCGACAGCGCCAUCUGCUGGUGGGUGUUCGUCUCACUCGCGCACACCAUGAGGACCUUGCAGCUCAGGAGAAACACAAUAAAGUUGUCGCUAUACAGACAUUUCACGAACACGCUGAUAUUCGCCGUGAUAUCAUCCAUUGUGUUCAUGCUGUACUCUAUCAAAUCAUACAGAGUGCUUCCCUGCAUUACAGAAUGGAAAGAGGUUUGGAUGGACGAGGCGUACUGGCACAUCCUGUUCGCUAGCGUGCUGAGCGUCAUCAUGGUCCUGUGGCGGCCCACCAACAACAACCAGCGCUACGCCUUCACGCCGCUCUUGGACAACGCUGAUGAUGACGAAGACGAAGAAGAACAAUUCGUGAACGACGCAUACGGAGUGAAGAUGCGCGGCAGCAGCACAAGCGAGACGGGCGAGGCGCGCGAGGCAGCUGAGACCAACAACAGCCUCGACUCCGACCUGCGCUGGGUCGAGGAGAACAUACCCACCAGCUCGCUCCCACUGCUGGACUCCGACGAAGAAAUCAUUAACACUAAGUUUGAAGUGUCCAAAAUGCAGUAAUUACUUAAGUCAAGUGUAUAAAGUAUUAUUGUAACUGUC